AUGAAAAGCGGCUCGAAAUCAGAUAAUUCAAAGAAACUAGUUGUUGUUGGAGACGGUGGUUGUGGAAAAACUUGUUUGUUGAUUGUGUUUUCUACCGGAACAUUCCCAGAGAGGUACAUUCCAACUGUGUUUGAAAACUAUAUCACGCAAAUCUCCUACAAGCCCAACGGCAAAAUCAUUGAGCUCGCUUUAUGGGAUACUGCUGGACAAGAAGAAUACGAUCGUCUUCGUCCUCUUAGUUACCCCAACAGCAAUGUAAUUUUGCUCUGUUUCUCAAUUGAUUGCCCUGCCUCUCUGCAUAACAUUAGUGAAAAGUGGUUUCCAGAAGUUCAGCAUUUCUGCCCACGGACGCCCACAAUGCUAGUUGGUCUCAAGUCUGAUUUAAGACAGGAUAGAAAUGCUGAAGAGGUUUUACGUACCCAAGGCCUUACGCCUGUAACUUAUGAACAGGCUCAAAAUGUGGCAUCAACCAUCAGUUCACCUUAUGUGGAAUGUUCAGCAAAAGAAGCUUCAGGAGUCAAUGAUGUGUUCCAACUCGCUGUAAGCUUAACCAUGAAAAAAACAUUUUCAUUUACGAAAAGAUCUUGUGUCAUUCUUUAA